AUGGCCUUCGCCUACAAGGUAGCCGGCGUGGCCCUGUGCGUGGUCCUGGCCGUAGCCACGGCACUUCCGGCCGAGGAAGCUGGCCGAGCGUCCCGGAACGCCAUCGGAGCCGGUGAAGGUGACCUGGUUAGCAGCAUCUACAAGGAGUGCUUGUCGUCCGAUUCCGUGUCCUGCGUCAAGUACAAGCUGUUCAGCUUCAUCGAUCGCGUCGUAGCCAAGCGCAGCGUGUUCGCACUUACCGAUGGCGUGACGGUUGUGAAGACGCCCGGUGCACCGGAAACCGAGGGUGCACCGCGGUCCCUUACCGGUGACGAAUCGCUCGAGCAGCUGCUGCUGUCCCGUGUCCAGUCUUUCCUGGCCACCCACACCAUCAAGGUCGAUCUGAAGGGCGCUGAUAUCGUGAAUGCGGUCGCAUCCACUGGCCGUGCGCUUGAGGACGUGUCUGAGAAUCUGCUCGCCGCCGACGGUGCUGACGAGCCGGAGGAAAAGCAGGACGGUUCCGCCACCGGUGCGGAGGCUCGUGGCAAGAAGAAGAAGGCCGCUAAAAUCCUGGGCCCGCUGCUGUUGGCCGUGGCAUUGAAGGCGGCCGCGUUGUUGCCACUUCUGCUUGGCGCGAUCGCGUUGAUCGCGGGCAAGGCUCUGCUCAUCGGCAAGAUCGCGCUCGUCCUUUCUGCCAUCAUUGGGCUGAAGAAACUGCUGUCGCAGGAGAAGCAUGUUACGUACGAGGUGGUUGCCCACCCGCACCACUCCACCAGCCACACGUCGAGCCAUGGUGAUGCCUACUCGCUUGGCGGUUCGUACGGUGGUGGUGGCGAUGUCGGAGGAUACAGCGCCAGCUCUGGCCAUGGCGGCUGGGGUCGCUCGAUCCAGGAUGCUCAGGAUAUCGCCUACAGCGGCCAGAAACCGUGAGCACCCAGGGACACACACACACACUGACAGAUGCUCCUCACACCAAACCACCACCAGCACCACCACCAUCACCAUCAGCGUCAUCGUGAACAUUAUUUAUUUAAUUUAUUUAGCGUCAAGCGAGGGUGAUUUUGUUUACGUCCGAUUGUUAGGUCACGGUCAAGGUCACGGUCUGAAGCUGUCUUCCUUCAUCUCGCGCUAGUCUCCCUUAUCACUCCCUCUCAGUCUCUCUCACUCUCUCGCUCUCUCUCUCUCUCUCUCACUCUAAGUUUUCGUCUACAUCGAUCUCUUGGCCGCAUGCACGCGUGCACUGUCUCUGUAUGCUUUUUAACUCGAUCUCGAUCUCGUGCUUUUGUACUAUAUUGCUUCCCAAGCCCUUGAUGGUUGCUUCUGGCGUACGCGCCACCGAUCGAAGCCACACUUUUCGCGGCAGUUUUCCAGUCCUCCCGUACGAACGCGGCCGAAU